AUGGCCGUCAUUUUUGAUGGAAAAGCUUCCGACCGUUCCCUUCCAAAGAGCCGAUGGAUUCUUUCAGCACCGGGAAGCUGGAAGCAGACCGCGAGACGUUUAUUCAUCGCAGCUGGACACUUGAACGCCAAUUUGCAGCAGCAAACUGUCAAGGUAUGCGGCCUAGAGAAGUUCCUGGCGAAUCUUAGAAUGGACAUCAGCCUUGUGGAGAGGCAGAUUGAGAUCUUGCAGUGCGAUCGCAGAGCUCUGCUACUCGCCCUGCAGGAGGGCGAGGAGCACUUCCUUUUGGAGGAGGAGCUGACACUCUCUCGCAUUGUGUCACGCAGGCUCAGGCAGCUUGACACUUUGAGAGAUCGGAUCCUUGAACAGCAGCGGAACGCGCAGCAUGCCGGACUGUCCGUUUUGUCAGCACGACAGCGGGAGAUGGCCGCCCUUCACAGGAAACAGGUGGCCAAAGCAGAGGCGGAUAGACAUGAAGAUGAAUACCACGAAGAGCUUCUGGAGAGCUCUUGUGCCCUUCAGCUAGCCUAUCUUGACUUUGUCCACUCAGAGGCCGCGCGGUGCCGGAAAUUCAUCACUGGGAUGAUGAUGUGGUCGAUAGCCACACUGGUGGUGGUUGACAUGGCUUUCAGAAUGAUGGAUUUUCCUCAGUUGUCCUAA